UACAUUCUGAAGUUUCACGAACUUAUUGCUCGUGCGUUACAUGCAGACGCUGGGUUCUUCCUUUUUCAUGCAAACUGCACCUACUAUCAAGAAGAGGGGUUCUUCCUCAAACAAGAACAAUUAUCUACAUGAAGAUCUUAUGAAGAAGAAUGGAUGAAAUAAACCCUACGCGUUGACUUCUCAUUUAUAUGAUUGCGAGGAAGCUAGAAAAAGAUCAUUGGAGAGCAAUUGUAUGAAAACAUCUCUCGAAGAUGGCUGGAACUGGUACAGUAAGCAGUUUCCAGAAGAAAGGAAAACCCAAAGUAGUUUCUAUUCCUGGAACUCAUCCUUCUAUCCACAAUUCCCAGCUGCUUCUCUCAUGUGGAAUACCAUCACUGGACUAUCUCAUUGGGGGUGGUCUACCUGUUGGCUCAAUCCUCCUCAUAGAGCAAGAUAGAUAUGACAUAUACAGCAAACUGUUCCUUAAAUAUUUCCUCGCUGAAGGGGUCAUUAACAACCAUAUUCUUACGCUGGCCAGUCUCGAUGUUUCCCCUCGAACAAUUGCAGAGGACUUGCCUGCCUCAACAGACAUAGAACCUGAUACAACCCAAACAUCUGCUGAUGACAAGCAGAUGACUAUUGCCUGGAGAUACCAAAAUAAAGCCUCCCAGCCCACAACUUCUGUUGGUAACAGAUUUGGUCAUAAUUUUGACCUGACAAAAUCUAUGGAUGCAGAGCUCACUUCUCGGAUAGAUAUGGCUCUCUGGGAUGGCUCAGAGGCAGAAGAAGGAAGGGGAAUGAUAGAGAAUAAAAACUACUGGUCCCUUCUAAAGCUAAUUAAGAAGAGGAUAGAAGUGGGUAGUCUCUCAACUUCAUGUAAUAAAGCAAAAACAAAUGUAAUGCGCUUGGCUCUCCACUCAGUAGGGUCCCCACUCUGGGGAUGGGAGUUUGGUCACCAGGAGAAAGAUAACCAAUGGCACAGCCUUACUACCUUUUUGCUUAUGCUGAGAGCACUGGUACGUACCUCUUUCUCUGUGUGUUUAGUCACAAUUCCUUCCCAUCUCUUCAGUGAUCCUGCUCUAACUCUUCGACUGCAUGCAUUGGCUGACUUUGUGGUGAGGCUAGAGUCAUUCCAAGGUUCAGAUCAUGAAACUAAUCCAGUUUUCAAAGAUUAUCAUGGCCUCUUCCAUAUAAUCAAGUUAGCUGCCAUCAAUUGCCUGGUCUCCCCAAUGCUGGACUCGACUGACUGGGUGUUUAAACUGAGGAAACGCAAGUUAACAAUUGAACGGCUGCACCUGCCUCCGGAGUUGUCUGAGACUGUUAGUAGAAGCCAAGAAGAUCCUACUGGCAGAUCUGCUGGCCUUGCUUGCAUGGGAAAGAACCUUCCAAGGAAUCUGGAAUUUUAGCCUUUAUUAAUAAAGUGUUUUGUCUUGAAA